AUGGGUGACACAGAUAUCUAUAUAUCCAAUUCAAAUAGCUUUAUUUUAAAUCAAUUGAAUAGAUUCUCCGAUUCUAUUGCAGAACAAUAUUCACAACAAAAGAUUAUUGAUAUUGCAAGUGUCGAUCUUAUCUUUAUUAGUUUUAUCGAAUCUUUAUUCUCUGCAUCACUCUUCACCACAACCACCGCUACACAUCAAAACGAAACUCUAAGAAACUAUAUUAAUCAAAUCGAACAAUCAAUAUUAUCUACUUUUAAACAGUAUAACAAUAAUAAUAAUAAUAUUAAUAAUGAAUUACAAGUUAAACAAUCAUUUUAUCUUCAAUUAUUAUUACAUUCAUUAGAUUCACUUGUAAAGAGAUUAACAUCAUCUCAAACAGAUAACAAUAGCAAUAAACAACUAUCCUCAAAUGUAAUAGAUAUCUAUAUUACUGUACUUGCACAAUUAAACAGUGGUGUAGCAAGUAGUUCACAAUCAAUCAUUGUCUUGAUAUCUAACUUACUAUCGAACACAUUGUUAAGAGUAUCGGACGAUGAAUUCACUGGUUCUCUUAUUCGACAAUUACAACAAUCAUUGAUAUCAUUAACAACAAGUAAUGAGCAUAAUGAUCAUCAUUAUCAUUUAGAUCAACAACAACAACAACAACAAUCAUCAGAAACAACAACAACAACAACAAAAGUAACAGCAAAUAAUAUAAAGAAUUCAAAUAUUUUAUAUACAAUUCUUAGUAGUUUAAUCGAUAGUCAACUCAACCAGAAUAACCAAACUACCAGUAGUUUAUCUAUUAGGAAGUUUGUAGAUGUUGUUUACGAACAACAAUUGUUGACACCUUUGUUGAUGUCUGACAAUGUCGAGCAAAGACAAUCGUUGAUUGUCACACUGUUACCGUCGUUGCUCAGAUGUUCGAGUGUAGCUCAGUGCCAAUCGUUAGUAUCCACCGUUAUGAAGAUGUUUACUAUUGCCGAGCAUGAAAUAAAGUCCGACGCCUUUAAGAUUCUCGCACGUCAAUACGAUACAUUCUUCUCGUCCAGCAUCGUCGACCUCACUUACUCACCGGAUUUCUGGAGAUAUCUAAUUCAAGGAUUCAUCGACGCCGAUCCACUCAUAAGAAAACGUUCGAACUACCUCUUGAAAAAGACAAUCAAACGAUCGAUCGAUGAAACACAAAAUACGUGCGUGGAUGCGCCUAAUCGUUGUUGGUCUGAAUACUUCCGUUGGUCGGCAGAGGAAUCGGAACAACUCCAGAAGCAAUGGGAUACGUUCUUCUUGAUCAACGAGACACUCGAUGAAUUCAAUGUUCAUUUGAUCGCACCGGUUUGGCGUGAGAUCGACUCGCUCAUCGUGCACCAGUCGCCACUGCAUUUCGCAUGGCUCGACAUCCUGUUCCAACGUGUCAUGCUACACGAGAAUCCAGCGGUAAUUAAAGCACAGGUUCUAGAGAUUUUGAACUCCACACAAUACAUUCCAAAGCUACCGAUGGAGUUUAUCUUUGGCACGUUGAUUCGUGCCAUCACCAACACCAUUUUGUAUCGUGGUAUCACCGAAGAUCGUAUUCAUCCAUCGAUUCAAUACUUCCUUGAAACCUACUACAAUUCACUUAGCACCGACCUCCAAUCAGUGUUCCUUUCCAAACUACUCAAUGUUAUCUCCUCUACCGAAUACUUUUCGGCAUUCACAAUGUCGAUACUCUCGUUUAUCUCUAAAUCCAACACCAAUAGAAACAACCUACAACUAUGUUUCCUUAACGAUAAGAAUAUCGAUCAAUUACUUAAUUUAUUAGAGAUAACAAGAAGAAUGAAUCACUUACAUAGAUCAAAGAUAUAUAAAUAUACUAUAGAGAUAUUAGUUACUUUAUCAAUUAAAGAUGAUUUAUCAUUUAGCAAUGUAACAAAGGUGUUAUACUCUAUUCCUAUGCAGAUUCAUACAGUACCAGAGUGUAAUGAAUCAAUUGGAAAAUGGUUGAACACUGGAUUUUCGAGUGUUAAUCAUAAUGGUAGUUGGUUAUCAGAUAACAUCGUAAAGGAGAUCGAGUUGAAUUGUAAGGAUGGUAGUUUAGAUGUAUUAAGUUAUGGUGAUUCAUUUGUCGCAAUGAAAAGUAGAUGUUAUAUGCUCUCUAGAAUGUUAAUCUAUACAUCAUCAGAGAGAUUCGAUUCAAUCAUCAAGAAUAACAUUAUAAAUCAUAUUCAACUAAAUAACAACAAUAACGAACCACUUAAUUAUCAAACAAUCAAUAAUCUAUUAUUAUUGGCGACAGUACUAUCCAACUCAUUAUCAACUAAACAAUCUAACAAUAUUAAAACACUACUUCAAUCAAACGAUAUCGACUUUGCCAAUAACUUGAUAAGAUAUAUAAUUAAUCAUGAUAUUCUAAGUAACAAUAAUAGUAUUAGUAAUAAUAUUGUAAAGUUAGAGUUUGGUGAUUCUUUAGCAACUAUUGUAUCGUUCAUUGUUGACAUUGUUGAUCAAACACUUUUGAAUCAAUAUAUUGAAAAGUUAGAGAGCUUCAGACCAACCAAUUCUAAAUUAUGGUCUGACCAAAUCAAGACAAUCAAUAUGUUCCAGUCUCUCUAUGGCCUAUUUGGAAAGAUUCAUCAACUCUACUCAUUUGAACAUUUACAAAAGAUUAUAACAAUCUAUCUACCAAUUACAUUAUUAAGACCACAAGAUAACUCUGAAGAUACUGGAUUAAAUGCAUCAUCAUGGGGUACAACAUUAGCCUACUUUAUGAAGAUCAAAUGGAAAUGUAUAAGAAAUAUCUUAUCAAUCUUACAAGAUUCCGGUAAAUUAAAGAAUUUAGAAGAUUCAAAUGAAUUGUUAGAAGUUGUAAUCGAUGCCAUCAGUGGAUCGAAUCGAUUCAGUAUUAAAGCAAUCCUCGAUUGUGCACAGAUUCUGCUUGUGUUUGCCAAGAAUGACGAGAAUGGUGAUUUCAAUCUUGAUGUUGUUGAGCGUAUCGUAUCGUCUGCCUAUGCCUCUGCCAAUGACACACAUUUUACAUCGAUGGCUGCAUUCAUACAAUUGACAUUCUCACCGGCAUUGCUCUCACACCUACCCACCAGCGAAGAGACAAGUCACCACUAUAUCCUAAAGAAAUACUUUAAGUUGGUACUGAACCUCUCAGAGUCUAUUAUGGGUCUGAUGAAUCUGUUACUCUUGAAAUGCAGUCCUGUGUGGAUCGAACAACCAGAGAUAUCGCUCUACUACAUCGAUGAAAUCUAUCAAUCGAUCAUCUUUGGUCCAAUUAGAAAAGACGAUGAAUGGGAGAACAAUGAGAAGACAUCCACUCAAUUCUAUGAUCCAAUGAUUGGAUAUUCAACAUUUGUAUUAGAUAUGGGUAUUGAAGCAACAUAUGAAAAUGAGGUCGAUGAAAUUAGAUUUGGAGUUGGUGCUAUUCCAUUGAAAGAUGUCUUUGGUAGAGCAGUUGUUGCUACAUUCAUCAAGAAGAUGGCUACUCUUUCAACAGUAGAGAAUAGUAACAAAUCAAAGUAUUUAGAAUUCACCAACACACUUGCCAAUCAUCUUAUCGAUAUCAAUUUGACCAAGGAAUUCACAAAGAAAAUUGAACAUCUAAUCAAUACACAACCACAUAGAAAGAGAAUUAGAAUAUGGCAAAUUCUAUGCUUAUUAGCACCAUAUAUGGUACCAACUAGCAUGAAAGAGAUUGGAAAGAAACUUACAGACAUUAUAUUCACCUAUAAUCUACCAUCGACAAGAAGAUACAUCAAUAUAUUCACUAUUAAUUUAGUAACAAGAUUCCAAUCUUUAGUAUCAUCUCAUUUCAUUCCUAAGAUCAUGGCGUUGUGCUCUUCUCAUCAUUUGUCUGUUAGAAACGCUGCAAUCGGUAUGGUUAUAAAGAUUAUCAAUUCUAAGCAUCUCGUUGGCAAGCUCGACCAAUCGGUACUCGACUAUCUCAAGCACUUGGAGUGGUACAUCCAUAACAACACACAGACUUCCAAAUCGUUGGAGCGACACGUUGCACAUCUCUCGUUGAAUGACGAGGGUCUCAAGAGUUCCUGUGACUUUACUAAUCUAUUCUACGAUAUCCCAUCACUCGAGAAGUUGUCGUCGAGCGAAAUAUCUGCACCCGGUAUCUUUGAGUUUCUUGUUGACCACAUUGUUCAACACUCUCCACUCACUGCACAACUUCGUCACUUCCUUCUACUAAAGUCGAGAGUAGAGUCAACAGCAACAACAACAACAACAGAAUCUACUUCUCAAGAUGAAGAAGAUGAUGAAGAAGGAAAGGAAUCAAAGAUCGAUGGAGACGACUAUAUCGAAUCGAGUGGCGCUAACCAAGUGGUUGGAUAUCAGAAGAAGAUAUUACCAUGGAACGAUGUUGAAGAUGAAACUCGUUAUAAUAUCAUGGCACGUACUCGUCAACAGUUGAUUAUUGUUGCAACCUUUGUCGAUAAGAUUCCAAAUCUUGCUGGUCUGGCACGUACCAGUGAGAUCUUCAAUGUCGAGUCGUUGGUGGUGAGCAAGAAGAAGGUUGCAAACGAUCCAAUGUUCCAACAGAUCUCUGUGUCUGCCGAACGUUGGUUGCCAAUGACAGAGGUAGAGGAACAUCAGCUACGUGAGUAUCUACUCUCAAAGAAACAAGAAGGAUACACUCUGCUCGGUGUCGAACAGACUUCGACUAGCUCGCAACUCAAUGAAUAUAAAUUCCCAGAGAAAGCUGUUCUACUGCUUGGUAAAGAGAAAGAAGGUAUACCAACAGAGUAUAUCAACCUCUUGGAUAAGUGUAUAGAGAUUCCACAGCUAGGUAUCAUUCGUUCACUCAAUGUACAUGUUAGCGGUUCAAUUUUAAUGUGGGAAUACACCAAACAAAUGAUCAACAAUAAGAAAUAA